GCAAUAACACAAAUACUUCAGCAAAAAAUGGUGGUAAAAAUCUAAAAGUGUUAAAUGAAGAAAGAGUAAAUUGAAGUGACACUUAUAAAUACAGAUAAUUUCAUCAAGACACACAGUCCCACACCAUCUGCUCCCUCAUCAAUGCUGCAACCACAUUUCCACAACUUUAUAAUAAACCCCAUCAAAACAAGCACCCCUAAUCUCUCUCAUUCUGUGCCUUAAAAUGUUCAAGAUUUUGGCCAUUCUUGUGGUGCUGCUGCAGAUCAUAGGAGCCACUGAAGCUGCAUUUGGUGUGGGUGUGGGGGUGGGCAUAGGGGGUAGGGGCGGGGGUGUGUGGGUUGGGAGUGGUGGAACCAACAGCCCAAACCCAUAUGACUCUUCAUCAGCCUCAAGGCUCAGUAAUGCUUAUACUGCACUUCAAGCAUGGAAGUCUGCAAUAAAAGAUGACCCUUUGGGAAUCUUGAAAACAUGGGUGGGCUCAAAUGUGUGUGACUAUAAAGGUGUGUUUUGUGCAGAUCUUCAAGAUAACAUGGGGAGUGGCUCAGUGGUAACUGUGGUUGCAGGCAUAGAUCUCAACCAUGCUAAUCUACAAGGCACACUUGUGAAAGAGCUUUCUUUGCUUACAGAUAUGUCUCUGCUGCACCUCAACACUAACAGAUUCAGUGGCUCAGUUCCUGACACUUUUAGGGACUUGACAUCACUCACUGAACUAGACCUCAGUAACAACCAUUUUGCUGGGCCUUUCCCAACUCAAACUAUCUACAUUCCAAAUCUUCUUUAUCUAGACCUCAGAUUCAACAGCUUCCAAGGGCCUAUUCCUGAUGACAUUUUCAACAAGAGGCUUGAUGCAAUUUUUCUGAAUAAUAACUUGUUUGAUGGUGAAAUUCCGCAGAAUCUCGGAAACUCACCAGCCUCAGUUAUCAAUUUGGCCAACAAUAAGCUCACUGGUGACAUUCCCUUUAGCUUUGGUUACAUGAGUCCAAAACUAAAGGAGGUUCUGUUCUUGAACAAUCAGCUCACAGGCUGCAUUCCUGAAGGGGUUGGAUUAUGGUCAGAUUUACAAGUUUUUGAUGUGAGUUUCAAUUCUUUGAUGGGCCAUUUACCGGACUCGAUAUCGUGCUUAAAUGAGAUUGAAGUUCUCAACUUAGGACACAACAUGAUAUCAGGGGUCUUGCCAGAAAUGGUCUGUGAGCUCAGAAGUUUGAUUAAUUUGACAGUAGCUUACAAUUUCUUAUCAGGGUUUGAUCAAGAAUGUAGCAAGCUUUUUUUCAGGAAUGUGGGGUUUGAUUUCACUUCAAAUUGUAUUCCAGGGAGGGAGAUGCAGAGGCCUCAGCCAGAAUGUUCUGCAAUUCCUGGUGGGAGUUUAAGUUGCCUCAGAAUUCCUGGAGCAAAGCCUCUUGUUUGUGGGCAAUUAUUUGAAGCCAAACAGGCCACUACUUCAUCAUCUCCAUGAGAGUGAUUGUGAUCAUUUAGAGCAGGCGGAUAAUGGGUGAAAUUCAUUAACUGAUUAUGAUAGAAAGUAAAGAGGUGUUAUGUCUUAUAAUUUAUGUCUUCUUCAAAAGACACAAGAAUUAAUGUACAUCUGUUUUUCUUUGUUGACAAGCUUAAAUUUAUUUAUUUUUAGUUUUUUUUUAA